AUGGCCGCUACUCGGAAGCUAUGCCAAGUUGCAGAUUUGCUGGUCACUCGAACACUGGCAACAUCAUUCGAUCGACAUAGUUGUGGAGACCAUGUUGUUGUGACAAAGUCAAAUGAAGCCGGACUUCGACAUUGCCUUACUUGGUUUGACGUACCCGCUCUUCUAUGUAGCUCCGGUAUUUGA